GAGCUGAUGAGAGCAUGCUGGCAGUGGAAUCCGGCAGAUAGGCCCUCUUUUGCAGAGACACACCAGGCUUUUGAGACUAUGUUUCAUGAUCCAAUAUCAAUGAAGAGGUUGCUGAGGAACUGGGGCGCAAUGCUGCUGCCUCCACAUCCACGUCAUGUCAAAGUCGCCUCCCUAUGUUGCCCUCAAAAUGUCGCACGUUGAAAAAGAAAGCAGAGAACAAAGAGAACAUUGAAGGCACUGGGGAUUCAUCUGAUAACUCCACCUCCAGCACUACACCAGGAGUUCUUCGGGGAUCUCCUGUAGCCACUGGCUCUCCUGCCCUUCCCCGCAAGCAGAGGGAUAAAUCUCCAAGCAGUCUUUUGGGUGAUUCUAAAGAGACUACGUUUACACGUGAUCGGAAGGGUGGAUUCUUCAGUUCUUUCAUGAAGAAGAAAAGUGCUCCACAGCCUCCAAAACGCAGCAGCUCUUUCCGUGAAAUGGAGAACCAGCCUCAUAAAAGGCCAGAGCUAACUGGUGAACUAUCUGCUUUUCCACACCUUGAUGGCAUUGAUACUCCUGCUUCUCCUGGCUCUCACAAAAGCUAUGGAGGAGUAUCCCAACGCAGUUUUGCAGAAGACGCAAUAGCUGGAGUUGGUGGUGGAUGGACUGGAAUAUCUGGGUUCUUUACCCCACGUCUCAUCAAAAAGACAUUUGGGUUGCGGACAGGAAAAUCAGGGAGCAGUGAGGACCAGUCCAAACCUUUUCCGAGGUCCAAUUCCACAUCUUCGAUGAGUCCCAUUGUUCCCGAGCAGGACAGAAUGGCCAUGACCCUGCCCAGAAACUGCCAUCGGACUAAGGUCCAGUUGGACCGAGCUGCUUCAGUAUCUUCUCAACCAGAUGAGAACCAACAGGAGCUUCCUAGAACUGCAUUAGACAUAGCACCCCCUCAGCCAAGCAGGGACAGAGUAAAAUCUAAAAUGCUUCCGCGGACUGGAGGCAGUGAACGAAAUGGUGGUGUACGAACAGGUGCAGAUGAGAGGUCAUCACCCAGCAAACAGUCUGGUGCUGUUGCUUCCUCUUUCCCUGCAGCUGCCCACAACCACAAAGUGCCAGUUCUCAUCUCUCCGUCCCCGAGGAAUGCAUCUACAGAUAGCCAGCUGGUUGGAAUGGAUUCUUUAGGUCACACCUUUAAAUUGCUUCAGGAGCAUGUCACGCCAGCUGGCUGUGAGAAGGAUCGUCCUUCUCAUCGCCGACUAAAGCCAAAAUGCGCACCCCCUCCUCCACCAAAUCUGAGGUUCCUCCAGCAGCCGUCAGCUGACGACACAACCCCCUCUUCGUCUGCACAGCCAGUCCAUGAAAGGGCAUCCAAGCCAGCCCGACCUCUGCUGCCACCGCCACCUCCAGUCACACAAAGUGGAAAGCUCUCCAAUGGAGCAGCUGGAAGUGGCAGGGGUGCCCUGCGGAAACCCAAACAACCUGCAGAGAAAGUACCUGCAGAAAAAAUAAGCAAAGAGGCCCUUUUGCAGUGUGCUGGAAUGCUGUCCACUGCUCUAACACAACCCCAACCCAACAGCCAGCUAGUGGACACAGGCCAUCAGCUUCUGGACUACUGCACUGGAUAUGUGGACUCCAUCCCCCAAACACGAAACAAAUUUGCCUUCCGCGAGGCAGUUAGUCGCUUAGAGGUCAGCCUGCAGGAGCUGCAGGUGUCUUCUGCAGGGGCCGGGGCAGCAGCUGCUUCUCAUGGUUCAAACCCUGUACUGAAUAACUUACUGUCCUGUGUACAGGAGAUCAGUGAUGUAGUGCAGAGGUAG